CAUUCAAUGUUGGAUUUAUCAUCGUGGACAUGUUUGUACAAAGUCUCCGACAGGACUCUGAAGUUCAAGGCCGCACUACAAAUCUUCUGAAGGGGACACGAUCGCACGGAAGCCUGCAGCGGCGCAAGUGUUAGCUUCCCGUCAAAACAAACCAUCUACCAUCAAGCUUUAAAAUGCAACGUGCAUCUGUAGGCCUUCGCCUACCUCUCCUUCUCCUCUUCCUCUUCCUCCUUCUCCCCUUCCAACCUCUGGGCUCGGCUGAGCUGGACGGGGCGGACGAGGUGGCAGUGGAGGUCGUGGUCGACAGCUCCCCCUGCAGCACCACCUGUGGCCUGGGGAUCAAAACUCAAACGCUGUGUCUGAUGAAUGACGGCAAGACGGCCAUGGAAGAAGACGCGGGGCGCAGAGUCGGGACAGAGUCCAAGGUGUCGGAGGUGUGUCGCGUGCGCAAGGUGAAGUGUCAGGAGUCGUGGCAGUGUGGCCUCCGGACGAUGACCGUGACCGCGGGACAGAGGGUGGAGAUCGACUGCCUGGGAGAAGUCCUGCAGGCGAUGGGGAGGUUCUCCUGGAGGGUGUUGUGGCGUUACGCCCGAGGAAUCAUCACCUCGGACAGCUCCCUGUUUGCCCGCUGGCAAGCUCCUCAGCUGGACCAUGUGAUUCUGGACCCGGUCCGCGAGGAGGACGCAGGUGAACACACCUGUGCAAGUGCACAAACAGAACCACGAUUGUCCCCAGCACACCAACGUACUUACCUCUGUGACGUGCAGGAUGCCGGCUUCCGCAGGGUGAAGAGGGUAUACUGGGGGAUCCGGGUUUUACCCGCCGGCAUUCUCAACCUGGACUACGAAAGCGCUGUGGCCCAGUGGGAGACGGCUGGAGACCAGCAGAACCGCACCGCGUCGGACCAGCAUGACCUCAAGAUGAUCCUCCUUUACACAGUGCUGAUCCCGCUGGGCCUCGCCGGUGCUGCGGCUGCACUGAUAUACUGGGCCUCUGCUUGGCACUGGGGAGGAGACGGCUGAGUUCCUUUGACAAGUGGAGCUGCUUCUACAGUCGCAAUUUAAUUCCUGCACCACAUGGAUGAUAUCGCCAGAAGGAUCUCACUCCCAAAAAAGAAAAGAAAUGAAAGACGAAUGAACGACGGUAGCAAACACGUUUGUUUUUUCUUGGAUUUUUAAUCAAAAAGAGAGUUAAAUCUUUAUUAAUAGAUAUUCAUGACCUGAAUGAGAUUGCCGAGAGGAGACCCACACGCCGUCCCGGGGAGAGGUGUUAUAUAAAGCCAUGUAAAACCAAAUAAUAAAACGGGGAGCCUGACAGGGCGUGAUAGUGUCAGUAAAUCCAUCAGUCGAGGGCUUGUGUACAUCUGUGCCAGCAGAGGGCAGUGUUGCUUCACACAAAAGGUUAUGAAGAACAGUGUGUGUUGGGUUAAAUUCUAGUGAGAAAUACAUGAUGGGACUCAGCUGCCACAGUGGAACCGACCCGAUUAAGAGCGAGACAAGAGAAACUGAGCAUCUCAGAAACAAGAUGACGCUCAAGUGUCUCAGAAUGUUGAUGCUCGUUACGGAAAAACAGAAAAUGAAGCGGCCGGAUGGAUGAAUGAAACAUCAGUCACCGGACCACAUUAGUUACAGCUUCUUUUUUUCGUUUCCAGCUUGGUGAUUCAUUAAUAAAAGCUUUGCUUAAAAAGACA